AAGCGACUGUAAUUCACAAACAACACAAACGGAACAGCCUUUGGAAUUGUGUAUGACAAAAAAGAUAUAUUAUCAUUGUGAAAUUACACUUUUAGCCCUCAAAUUAACACCGAUAUGAUAUAAGAUCAAAAAAGGACUAUUUGUGGAAAGGCGAACAAAAUAAAUCGGCGGAGAAAAUAAGCCUUUCUCGAUUCAAUCGAUCGAUAAUCUUCACAGUCCACACAGGUAUGGCUCUUUACACCUGCUUCUCCACUUCAUCCCUUCCGACGAGAACACCCAAUCACCCACUGGACCAUCUUUGCUCUUGAUAAUUCGCAAACCCUUCCAUUUCCUUCCGAAAUCUAGCGAGUAUUAUUUUGAUUCAUGGACUCAAGAGUAGUGUGAAUGUUCGCUUGUCGCGAUUUCCUGAUCUGUGCUGUUAUAUUGGAGAAUUUUACCGGUUCAAGUAUUCGUUUCUGAAAAUUUUCUGUGCCGAUCUUACAUACGGAGUAGGUUUUCAUUUCUUCAAAUGUCAGCAUUGGUAUUAGUAUUGCCAUGGAUUAAUCCUGAUCACCCAAAGAAGCAGGAAAUUUGAAGAACUUUGGAGUGGAGUUCGUUCGAUAAUAGAAUGAAUUAUAUACUUGGAGCUUUUAAGCCGGCAUGCCACAUUGUAAUCACAUUUACUGAUGGAAAGUCACGGAAGCAGGUCCAAUUGAAGAAGGAAAAUGGACAAACAGUUAUGGUCCCACUUUUUCAUAGUCAAGAAAAUAUUUCUGGGAAGAUAUCAAUUGAGCCAAUAUCAGGGAAGAAGGUUGAACACAAUGGGAUCAAAGUUGAGCUGCUUGGUCAAAUAGAAAUAUACUCUGAUAAAGGGAACUUCUAUGACUUUACCUCACUGGUUCGGGAGCUAGAUGUUCCUGGUGAAUUAUACGAAAGGAAAACUUACCCGUUCGAGUUUUCAACUGUUGAAAUGCCGUAUGAAUCAUACAAUGGGGCAAAUGUUCGUCUUAGGUAUGUUCUCAAAGUGACAAUGAGUCGAAGCUAUGCUGGCAGCAUCCUAGAAUACCAGGACUUUGUGGUGCGCAACUAUCACCCACCUCCACCAAUCAACAAUAGUAUUAAGAUGGAAGUUGGAAUAGAAGAUUGUCUUCAUAUUGAGUUUGAGUACAACAAGAGCAAGUAUCAUUUGAAAGAUGUUAUUAUUGGCAAAAUAUAUUUCCUUCUUGUGCGUAUCAAGAUUAAAAAUAUGGAUCUUGAGAUCAGACGUAGAGAAUCUACGGGUUCAGGGGCCAAUACACAUGUGGAGACAGAGACCCUUGCAAAGUUUGAGUUGAUGGAUGGUGCUCCUGUAAGAGGGGAAUCAAUACCAAUCAGACUCUUCCUCAGCCCAUAUGAACUGACACCGACAUUUCGGAACACCAACAAUAAGUUCAAUGUGAAGUACUAUUUGAACCUUGUUCUUGUUGACGAAGAAGACCGGCGUUAUUUCAAGCAACAGGAAAUCACAUUGUACCGCCUCGCCGAGUCAUCCUGAUCUUCACCCAUAACUUGUUACUUCUCUUGCAUUGCGCGGGAUGAUCAGAUAACUUUCAGUUUUUAAACUUUUUAUAGACAAACUGCGACAAGUAUUACGGAGUACUACAUUGGACCAUACUAGGGAAAAGGCGGGGUGAGAGUUGAGGGGACUUCAACAUUUUUCUACUACAUUUAUUGUUUGUGGGAAAAAAUCUUAUUGAUUGUUGUUCCAUCACACUUUUCUUUUAUACUCAUCCAUAAGACCAUAACUAAGAAUCAUGGAAAGAGGAAAGUGUUUGGUGGACUUGAAUUUGACACUAUU